GUUGCCAGGUACUCCAUCAUCAGGGCUCAUUCGCUCAGAUACACCAUCCCAAGCGCUUCAGUCUACUCAUCAGCAUGCUGUUACAAAGCGUCCACGUGAUUCGGUUUGUGAAUGCGGUCGACGAAAGGGGCAAGAAAGCGACGUUGUACACCACUGAAAUCGGCAAUGGAGAAAUAUCGUGGACAGUAAAUAUUCGAUACAGCAGGUUCUACGAGUUCCAUCAAGCUUUGCUGAAGUCUGACCGCAACGUCAUGGGCAAGCUCCCCUUCCCAACCAAGGACUUGUUCUCCAACCAGUCGCCACAGUACCGACAAAAGCAGCUCGACAAAUUUGUGUCUCAGCUGCAACAGGUGUUCCAGUCCCUAUCGAUGGUAGCGCAGGUUGCGUUCUUUGAGCUGUUGGAAGUUCCACAGCACGACUUUCAUCGCGACUCGAUCGACCCCACGGAACCUACCCAACUGGACGACACAGCACAAGACGACGGAAUUGAGAAAAGGGUGUCCAAACAAAGCAUUUCGUCUACCACAACCACCGAAAUCGAUGAUGACAACCAACACGAAACUUUGUCCGACGCUAGCCCUUCUGAGCAUCAUCACACUGAUCUGCUCUCUCCUGUGGCAUCUUCCCGAUCUGCCUCCUCUCGUCAAGCUUCAUCGUCGAUGUCCCCUCGCCAUGAUUCAUCGUCGAAAGCCAAACCUGUCGAUCUCACUCCAACCUUCGCUGGCGACGAAGGAAGCUCUGCUGCUGAGGCAGUUGACAUCCAAGUCUCGGACAACGUACACGGCGAGUCCCACCUCGACAAGGCAACUGACGUGGCGCGAAGCGCGGUCGACGAACUCUCCGAAGCCAAAGUACUUGAUGUUGCUGUGGAAUCCACAGGGUUUGAAGCACAGCCGCAAUGUGAGAAUACGUCCCUGCUCUUUCAAGCCGUGGAAGCGUAUUCCACGGUCGUGUCCGAGCGUUCGCCUCGCGCAUGGGAAACGGCAGGAUCAAGGAAGCGGCCCGUGAGUGCCCAUCAAUGCCGGUACCUCAUCACGCGAACGAUGCGAGUGCUGUAUCCGUCUUUGUUCAUUUAGACAUGCAGGAAACGACCUUAUAUACUUGAUUUAUUUACACGAACAAUGCCAUCUACGCGGCAUCCGCCUGCCGCAUCCAACCGAA